GGCCUUAUAUAUGCAGCCUGUUGCUGUUGUUUGUGAGUACACACUCUUUACAGAGCUCAAACCUACAGCUAGACAGCCACACUGCCACCACCAUGAGAGAGUUCAAGAGCAAGCAAUUCUGGAGGGCCGUUCUGGCCGAACUGGUUGGCAUGACCCUUUUCAUUUUCCUCAGCAUCUCCACAGCUAUUGGAAACAAGAACAACAGUAACCCAGACCAGGAGCUGAAGGUGUCACUGGCCUUUGGACUGGCCAUCGCCACGCUGGCCCAGAGUUUAGGCCACAUCAGCGGAGCCCACCUGAAUCCUGCAGUUACCCUUGGGAUGCUUGCCAGCUGCCAGAUCAGCAUGUUCAAGGCGGUCAUGUACAUUGUGGCCCAGAUGCUGGGUUCAGCCCUGGCCAGUGGCAUUGUGUAUGGAGCACGUCCAAGUACCACUGAUGCAUUGGGGCUCAACUCUCUCAACGGUGUCACUCCCAGCCAAGGUGUGGGCAUAGAGCUCCUGGCAACCUUCCAGCUGGUGCUCUGUGUCAUUGCAGUCACUGAUAAAAGGCGGCGUGAUGUCACCGGCUCAGCACCCUUGGCCAUUGGCCUCUCAGUCUGCCUGGGACACUUGGCAGCUAUCAGCUACACAGGCUGUGGCAUCAAUCCCGCUCGUUCCUUUGGUCCGGCUUUGAUCCUGAACAAUUUCACAAACCACUGGGUGUACUGGGUGGGGCCAAUGUGUGGUGGAGUAGCAGCAGCGCUCAUGUACGAUUUCCUGCUGUCCCCCAAAUUUGACAACUUCCCCGAGCGAAUGAAGGUCCUGGUCAGCGGCCCAGUGGGUGACUAUGAUGUUAACGGAGGCAAUGAUGCUACAAAUGUGGAAAUGACGUCAAAAUAGCCACAUACAGGCACAACCCCUUAGUUUCAUUGUACAUGUCUAUAUUCCUGUAAAAAAAAACUUUUGAAUUUAGUGUAGGAUAUCAGUGUUUUUUUGCUAUUUUGAAAUACCAAUGAGGAUCGUGGUAACGGGUCACUUAGUGUCUCUUUCUAAUUCACUCCUUUGUUCGACCCCACACAUAAGUUUUAUCCAAACUGCCGCUCAAGCAUACAAGUCAAAAUCUUGACAGAGCAGCAUGUUGAAUUUUUUUUUCCCAUAUCAGUAUUCUAUGAUGAGCCAUUUUUUGUAUCACUUUUUAUUUCUGAUGGAUAAUGUAUUGUGUACAUGCUCUUGAAAUGUCUCUCACUUUUUUAAGUAAAUAAAACACUUGUUGUUAAGA